UUCGGGGUCGUGCGCGGUACCCGACCGGAAGUUAAUUGAGAAACAAGAUGGCUGCGCCGGUGCCUGCUGUUGGACGUCUGGAGGAGGAGGCGCUGCGGCGGAAAGAGCGGCUCAAGGCGCUUAGAGAAAAGACUGGGCGCAAGAAUAAGGAAGAUGAGGAACCAAAAAGUAAACACUUCAAAGAAGAAGAAGAAGGAGGCGAGAAACACAGGGAACUCAGAUUGCGGAACUAUGUACCUGAGGAUGAGGAGCUAAAGAAGAGGAAGGUGCCUCAGGCCAAACCAGCCUCAGUGGAAGAGAAAGUAAAAGACCAGCUGGAAGCAGCAAAGCCUGAGCCCAUUAUUGAGGAAGUGGAUUUGGCCAACCUUGCCCCCAGAAAGCCAGAUUGGGACUUAAAGAGAGAUGUGGCUAAGAAACUGGAAAAGCUAGAGAAGAGGACGCAGAGAGCCAUUGCCGAGCUAAUCCGAGAAAGACUUAGAGGCCAAGAAGAUGACCUGGAAUCUGCAAAGCCAGAGGAGAGUGACUCAGAUUAAAACAGCUUCUCCUCAGCCCUUGGCCACACAAGACAGCAGUGUGGACUGCUCCAUCUAGGCCUGGGACAAAGGCCCACCCUCCAUCUUGGUCCCCAGAGUGACCUCCACUAUGGUAUUCCUUUUAAUGCCCAUCUCAGUGGAUCUUAGAGCACAUUUUAGAGGUGUGACUUGAGUAUGUCUGGUCUAUGAUUACUGCAAUCUAAACUAAAAAAAAAAAGCCUUAACACGAUACAUCAGUGAGAGCUUCUCUGCUGUUAUCACCAUGUUAACAUUUUCUACCAAUUUGCAUAUAGCAUAUUCCAUUUUUGUUUCACUUUUUAAAAACAUCUCAGUUGAUUAUUUUUAACAUUCUUUUUAAAUUUUGAGUUCCAGAUUCUGUCCCUCUCACCCCCUUCCAUACCCACUGAGAAGGCAAGCAGUGAUAUCAAUUAUACAUGUGAAAUCGUACAAAACAUUUCCAUAUAAGCAUUUUUUUUAAAGUGAGAAAGAUAAAGAAAGUAAGAAAAUUACACUUCAGUUAGCAUUCAGAGUUCCAUGGUGGCAUAUUCCAGAUAGAUAACUUCAGUCUUUACUGACAACAACAAGCUUCUGUGAUAAAAUAUCAGUCAAGUUAAUCAAAUGCUGGCCAGUUGGCAAUCUGAUUCUGGACAGGUAGGGGGCGAUGGUAAGGCUGGAAGCAACAUUGCUGUGUAUAUAUGUAUAUAUGUAUAUAUUUAUAUAUUUUGGACUUUUUUUAUUUUUUAGAAAUAAAGACAGACCCAAGUGUGUAAAUGAGACUGAAA